GUAGUUUGACAUGUGUUGUAGAAGAAUGCCGCCGCUACCGGGUCGCCUACGCGGUUACUUGACUUGCUAAAAUAGCAGCCAAAACCUCCACAUCAAAUCACACACACCCUAACCGUCUUUCAAAAGAUGAAUAGAUAAAUAAAGACGGGAUAGUCGCGACUGGAACUCUUUUGAUCAUGUGACUGCUUAGUCACGUCUGAUAUGGAGCUAAAUUCAACCAACACGACUACAAUAACAGUUGUGGCAUUAUUAAACAGUGAUGGUACGGAAGCUCCUUGCUAGAAAUAGCGGCUAAAUUCCCUCAUCAUGCCCUACCUUUGUUUUUUAAAAGACAUUAGAUAAUGUGACCCAGAUAGGGGAGUGGAAUAACAAAAAAUGCGGGAUGGUCACAGCUGGAACCGCUUUGGUAAUCGGUCUGCUCGAUAAAGGAAAACCUGGGGCUGAAGAAUGACGCAGUAGCAUCAGUUGUAGUAGUAGUAAUAGUGGUGAUGGUAAUAGUAGUAGUUGUAGUAGCAGCAGCAGCAGCGGUAGCGACGGUGAGUGGCCCAUGCGACUACGCCGUGUGUGUCAAGGUCGAAGACUGAAACGGGCUGCACACAUUCACAUACAUUCAAAUAUAUAAACACACAUAUAUACAUUGAUUGUUUUGUUGUAUACAGAGGAUUCCAUUUCCCAAACGUCCACAGAAAUGGAUUGGCUGGCCACCACCGAUUUUUAUGUUGAACCCUGGAGUUAAAACAUUAUUCAUCCUCCUAUUCAAUAUAAUAAUUUUUUCGACAUCAUCCAAGCUCCAUUUAUCUCUCUCUCUCUAAAUACAUCUUUUUAUUAAUUUCAAAUGGAUGUACCUAUUCUCCUUACUGGAUGACCACCAAAACAAAAAAGAUCAAGAGAAGAAAACGAAAGAAAAAAAAGGAUUAACCAAAUUCUUUUGAUUCCUCAUAUACUCCAAAUGUUUCAACUCUCUUGUAAUACUUACAUCAAGUACUGAAGAAUGUGGCAGCUUCUGAGAGCUUGUGUCUCUCAGUUGAAUCACAAAACAUACCAGAUAGACAGCAACAGAGGCCUUGCUUUUUAAGCGAUGAGUCUUAGUGACCUUCAGCUAGUUAUUUGGCAGUGUUGUUGUUGAACGGCGACGAACUUUCUCCACGAUAUUGCUGCUGUCGCUGCUGCUUCUGAAGUGAUGUCGCUGCUACGUAUGAACUCUGCUGUUUGUCUGAUGAUAACUGAAAGCCUAAGGGAGAUUCCACAACUGCCAUCCAAACAUCCAAAGUGCCAGAUGAUGUGGUUAUUUCAAUAUAAAAACAUUUGAGAAGGGCGGUGGGGGAGAAACAUAAACCAAUAUGGGGUGUAUAUAUUCUCGCAGGGAUAUAAACCCCACCAGACGUGUUUUCCGUGUCUACAAUGUUGACGACAAUGGACUUGAGCUGAAUGCUGGCAAGAUAGAAGUGGGGGAACAGGAUUUGAUCUUAUACCAAAAAGGUAAAGAGACUGUUCGAUGGCCAGUUCGUUGUCUGCGACGCUAUGGCUGUGAUGCAGAACUCUUUUCAUUUGAGAGUGGUCGACGUUGUCCUACUGGACCUGCUAUAUUUGCUUUCAAAUGUCAGCAUGCUGAAGAGUUGUUCAAUUUGGUUCAGGAAUGUAUUCAGCGAGCUGGGCAAGAAGAACGAGCCAACCAGAGUCACCUUGGCAGUACCAAUCGACUUCAUAGUCGUCCAAAUUCCAUGAUUGAAAAUCCCGAUCAUAAUGGAAUGAUGAUAUCAAAUCGAUUGCCUCAGAAUGGUUUGAUGCGUUGCAACAAUGGUAUGCGUCUUUAUGUAAAUGGUUCCACUGUCGCAGACAGUACUAGUCAUGACUAUAUCAAUGCCAUGCCUCAAAUGCAUUCUGGACUUACAGACAGUACAACGCCUCUUUUGGACAUGGAUGUUUGUGUCAUUCUACAAGAUUCUGCUGUUAAUUAUGCUGUCUUGGAUUUACCCAAGAGUACGGAGAAUCUUUGCGAUGAAAGCAUUGAUUCUCAACCGGACAUGAUUACUGAUGGCAAUGGUAAUUAUGCCGAUCCGGAAGUGUUCACAGACGUGGCUGGAGACCAGUCCGGCAAUCCAAACUACAUCAAUGUAACUGCUGACUGCAACGGAGAAGUUGAGGGUUUGAAUCUAAAUACACUAAAUGCUGGUGACUGUAAUUAUGCUAACGUAUCAAUUCAGAACAGCCCUGUGUUGCCCAUGUCAAGCGUUGCCUCUGCAGCAACUUCCCCUUGUUUGUCCACUCCCAGUAACAGCCAGCAAGCUUCACUGCAUCAAGUUCAAAUGAAACAAACUGGGCAACUACAGCAACAAGUACCACAGUGUUUGGUGCAAGCUCAGCCUUUCCAUCCCCUACCACCCCCUCCGCCAGUGCCCCAGGCCAGCAAUGAAGGCCGCAAAGUAACAUAUAUACAACUGGAUUUAAAUCGGAGUUCCGAUAACUUGUCUAGUGGUGGUUGUGUGUCACCAACGUCACCCUUAGGCUUCUCGUCUUUCCCUGAAUCUCCAGGCAAACGUACUGAGAGUUACGCUGAAAUAGAUUUUAAUAAAACUGCUGCAUUAUCGAGUUCUGCCAAAAGUUCAAAUGAAAAUGACUUAGGACUGCGGAAAACCCGCCAUAAUAGUACUAUCAGUGAUUUUGGUAACUGAAAUUUUAUUUUCAGUGCUAAAUUCACUUCUGUUAUUGAGCCAUUUUGGUUACAAAAAUAUAUAAAUAUAUACAUAUAUAUAUAUAAAUAAAAGAAAAGGAAAAGAAAACAAAACAAAACCAAAAAAAAAAAAAAAAACAAGCUGAAUUCCUCUAUAAAUUUUAAUUACGAAAAGAAAUUAAUUCUAUUCCUGAUAUGAGCCAAUAUUAUUGAUUGCUUCCAUUUGAAUUAUUUUACUUAGAAUGUGUUGGAAAUAGAUCCAACAGUCAGAAGAAGCAAUCACUGCUCUAACGUGAAGUGGUGAUAAUGACUUACCAAAUUGGUACUUUAAUUAGUUGUUUUUGUUAAUUUUGAAAUUAUUAUUAUUAUUAUUAUUAAUUGGCUGAAGUUACAGAGUGUCUCAAGGCUGAGAGUUUCGUGCAUUGGCUCUUAGCAAACUUUGAUAAAUGCCAACACACAAAAUUCUUAGUCUUUGAGUCACUUUGUGACUUCUGCUGAUUAAUAUUAAAAAAAAGUAUAUUUACUCAUGUUUUGAGUUUUAUUUUCCUGUUUGUAUUGCCAAAACUAUUAUUAUUAUUUUUAUUAUUAUUAUUAUUAAUAUCGUCAUUAUUGUUUUUUAUUACUAGGGCAGUUGAUGACAGAAUCAGUAGAAAGUCAAACAAAAUAUCUUGUGGUAUUCAUUUAAGUCCCUUUACGUUCUGAGUUCAAAUCCGACUAGGAUCAACUUUACCGUUCAUCUGUGUGAAGUUGAUAAAAUAAAGUACCAGUUACAUACUGGGAUUGAUAUAAUCAACUAUACCCACCUCCUCAUUUAUUUGUGGCCUUGUGCCUCUGUCAGAUAUCACAAUUAUUAUUAUUAUUAUUUAAUGACUAUAAAGUGUUCAAUACCCACCUAUAAAAGUUACUCUGUGACUUUUUAUUACUAAAACAAAUUGAAGAUGAAA